UGUUUUAGGUCUCACGCUUUGAUUUAUGAGACAUGAUUGGAUCAUAUGAAUGUUUUUCUAUCAAGUAAAAUUUGUUAAAUACUACUGAGUCUUGACUCUCUUCUAUUUUUGGAAGACCAAAUCUAUUAGCCAUUUGGCCUAGCCUAGCCUAGCCUAGCCUAGCCUAGUGACGGCGGUGACUCAGAUUUGGUGGCGGUGGUGACUCAGAUUGAACCUAUUGGGGUUACACUAAAUCAGCACGUCCCAAGAGAGUGUAAUUUUGAUAAAUAAAUAAAGAAAGAAAUAAAUGUUGAAUCUGUUUUUGGCCGGUGGAAAAGGAGCUCUCCAUUUUGUACUUUUCCGACGGCUUAAGCCGCCUCCUCCAAACCCUCGAUUCUCCCUCAGUUUCAAUUCUUCCUCCGCAAUUUCCCCCAAUUUCGACCGACACUUGGAUCUGGAUUCCUUCCUUCUGUAAAUAUUUUUCCCUCCUUGUGGAGAAAGGGGUACAAGGGUUUUUAAUCUCGUUUUCAUUUUUGUUCUCGAAUUUCCCUUUUCCGGAGCUAUGAAUUCGGAUCCAGGUCUGAUCUACUAUUGCUGCAUUGCGAAAGGGACCUCCAUAUUAGCGGAAUUCAACUCCAAGGAUGCCGAGCUCGGCGCGAUCGCGGCGAAAUGCCUCGAAAAAACGCCGCCGCUCCACGCCACCUUCAGCCACACCGUCCGUUCGAAGACCUACGCCUUCAUGAUCGACGAUCCCUUCUCGUAUUUCGUGGUCUACGAUGAUAAAUUGGAGAAAUCUGAGGGUUUGGCGUUUCUGGGGAGCGUGAAGGAUGCGUUCGUUAAGGAUUUCAAUGGUGUUAGCAAGUUGGACAGGUUGAGUUCCCAUUGCUUCCAGGGCGAAUUCAACCCUAUUUUCCGGCAGCUGCUUGGCACGGCAUUGUAUCAAAUGGAUGGGAUUGAGUCUCCAAUGGGGCAGAGAAUCGGGGAAAAUGGGAGCUCUCAUGGCGGCUCGGGCCCCAUUCGUGGAAGGAGCAGGCUUGGUGGGGACAAAGGGUUUGUUAAGAUGAAGAAUGCUUUGCUUGAAGAAUUUAAGAUUGGUGGGAGAAAUGGGGAGAAAGAGGUUAAUGACAACAGUGGCAACGCCACCGCCAUCUGUUCGAGCCCGGGGUUCAGCCCUACCUCGCAUAAGAAUAGAGGGCUUUAUUCCAGGGAGCUGAAUUGCCAUCAAAAGGCCAAGAAAGUUUGGAAGAAGCAAGUUUGGGUGAUUCUAAGCCUCGAUUUGAUUGCAUGUGCAAUCUUGUUUAUUGUCUGGUUGUGGGUCUGCAGAGGUCUGAAAUGCACGCAGAGCUGAAAUAGCUUGGUUUAAUUACAUUUGGGUGAUUGCUUAUACUUCUGCCGCAGCUGGAUUCCCUGUGUAGCAGCCUGUGUUAUGGAGCUAAUUUUCAAUGUAGUGGAUCAAACGCAUGGUUACUUGCUGAGCUCUAUUGCUUUGUGAGUGGUGGUGUGCUUGCUUGAAUCUUGGCCUCGUGUUUGAUCAAUUGCGUUGCAUGGAGAAAAUCAACAUGAACUUGAAUCUGUGUUGUUUUUUUGCUCGGGUUGGUUGUCUUGAGACUGGGAUGAAACAACAACGAGUUGCAGGAUCUGAGAUUGUAUUUGUGCUUUUCUGAGUCUUGUAUAAAUUGAGUUUUUCUGUUCGUUGGUUCUUGACGUGAGAUGUUUUUGGAUCGUGACUAACUGUUUCUGGUUCGUCUUGAUCUUGUAUCUGUAUCGCGCCACAACUUUAAGUAUAAAUGUGAGACUGGUAAUUUCCAUUGCUUUAUCA